AUGGCAGACCAAAGACCUACAUUCCGUUUUCGCCUUCCUUGGUUACCAGCAGCACAACCUCCUCCACGGCCAUCAGUACCCCGGCCACCCGCUCAACCUGCUGCUACUACCACCCCAGCCACAAGAACACCACAAACAAACCCACCUCAACCAACCCCUAGUCAGCCGACAACUACGCCCACAUCACAGACAGUUGAAAACCAAGUACCUACUCCACUGCCUGCAACCGUCCCAACUGGCCAAACAGGUGAAACCGAAUCCCGUUCAGAGUCAAACAUUGCUCCCAACCCCUCCCCAACAACAGCAACUACUACAACACAAUCAGCCGAGACUCAAAACCCCGUCCAGCCUCCUACUUCAACCACAAGCCCCCAAACUGCUGAAAGGCCACCAUUCAGGCCUCCAGGGCUAGCCCCAUCACCGGCCCCUGCUCCUUCCCCUCAAUCUCAGACACCGAGAACUCAAUCAAAGCUACCACCAUCGCCAUCUCGUGCCACGGUCCAACCUCGAGUCCCUUCUCCAUCAGCGUCGCCAAAUAGAGCAGCUGCACAAUCUCGGACCCCUUCCCAGCCAUCAACUCCACCUCGUGCAACUCCUCAACCACGAGCAGUAUCUCAGCCUUCAAGUCCAGCUCGCAGAUCCCCUCAGCUCCCAUCAGCACCCCGAACAUCCACACAGAGAUCACCAUCUCUUCCAGGUGUUGGGCCAUCAGAGCAGAAAUCGUCACCAUCUUCUCCAUCUAGAUCAAAUGCUCGAGUGAAAACUACACCAGAAUUUGGUAAGCAGCCAACUUCUCCAUCGAGAGGAGAACGAAGCCUCCCAAAAGUGAGCUCUCAGCCUCCAGAAAGUCCGUCCUACGAAGUUGCUUCUACAUCCGACAUACAGCAUCCAAAAUCAGCAACAUCUGAAAUACCAUCCCAAGCUCUAAGUUCAAAAGCAGAAAUCAUAUCUGAAGAAGUAACCGAUCCCCAUGAUCGAGCCCCGCUUGAAAUUGGCAGUCAACUCAAUGAGAUGAAAAAGCAUCCUUCAGAAGAAUCAAGGGAUGGAGUAGCAAAAACACAUAGCCCAAUGGAAGGUCCAGAGAAAGCUGAGCCAACCCAGACAUCCCAUAAUUCUACAACUAACCCCGAACCUGAAUCCCCUAAAGAACUGAAGCCUGAAGAAACCAUGGAAGUGAAAGAAGUUAUGCAAGGAACUAUAGACAAUGCACAAGAGGAAGCCAGGAACAAAACCAAUGCAUUCCAAUCUGAACCAACGCUGAAGACAGUAAGCAGAAAGGACAUAACGGAAACGUCUGCCUCUAAUGGUAGACAUACCAAAAUAACAACAGCCCACCCGAAAAACAAUAGCUUGCCAGGUGAUAAUCGGCAUAAACAUCCCAUGUCCAACGGACAGCAUGUUGCUCCGCUGCACAAAGAGAUCCGAGAAGACAUCUCAAAGCUUGUUAACAAAAUGGCUGCUGGUGAGUCCAAAGAGCCCAUUGAAGAUAGACCGGUGAGCAUUGUUACUCUUGCAGGUGAGAAUCGGGGAGCGACAAUGCAUGUUGGUUCUGACUCAUCCCGGAAAGAAGGGGCAAUACACAUUCACAGAGGAUAUAAGAUCAAACCUGAUGGAAGUCCUGAAGGAACAACAGAUGGAGAAGAGGGUUUCAAGGCAAAACAAUCUGACCACCUGAAACCAAAAGAAGAUCAAGCACCAGAAGCAUAUGUCAACAGCAACGUUCAGGCAAUCAACAACUCAAUUAUGCUCAACAGUUCCAUAACCGAAGGGAAUCCUGGAGUCCAUCUCGUUCGCUCGACCUUUCCCACAGAAUCAAAGACGCCAUCUGCAAAACCAGAGCUGCUGGACACGCGAAAGGCUGAAUUCAACACGACACCAUCCUGGAAGCUAACACAUGAACCUGUUGUCAGAAGAAGAUGCCUCAGAGGCCUGUUCUUGGAAUCAAGUGACUCUGACAUGGAUAGCACAAAGCCUCGGAGUCAUGGUUGUCGUGUUGCUUGCAAUGAAAAGAGGAAAGGGAAUGACAUUGAUGUUCUGUAA